AUGGUGGAACGUCUUAUACAGAGCAAUUAUAAAUUCGCACGGGAUAGCCCCGGGAAUUUUGAGCUUGUAUACCACCUCCAAAACGGUCAACUUUUGCACCGAUAUCGUGACAACUCGGCUCCAGGCACCCCAUGGUCUCCACCUACUGCAACAAUCACCUCCAAUGCCAUUUCAGCAGGUUCAAUUAUCCAGAGCAAACCGGGAACUCCUGGAAGCAAUGGUGGUCUUGAAGUGAUUGUUGUUGAAAAGAAUCCAAGCAACCCUGAUCGAGGCAAUCUUGUUCGCUAUUAUCGCGCCACUGUGGAUUCUUCAUGGGCUGGCCCAGAAUUAAUCACACAAAACGCAACAGGCCCUGGGUCCAUUGUCCAAAGCACGUAUGGAAACCCAGAAGCGGGGAAUUUUGAGGUGGUUGUACAAGAAGGCAAAGAUAAUCUCGUUCACUAUUUUCGCAACAACAGUUCGACUGAACAGCCGUGGAGUGGACCAACUGCAACGAUCACCUCUAAUGCAAACGGAUCAGCCUCCAUCAUUCAGAGUAAACCUGAUACCCCUGGAAGCAAUGGCGGCCUUGAGGUGGUUGUCCUUGAGGGUAAUGGCAACCUUAAUCGCUACUAUCGUCCAUCGCCAACUGACUUUUGGCAUGGGCCUGAGAAUAUUGUUUCGGAUGCAGAGGGUCCGGGCUCCCUUAUCCAGAGUACCUACGAGACACCCCCCGGCAACUUUGAGGUGAUUUUCCCUCGUGGAAGCAGUCUUAUCCACUACUAUCGUGAUAAUAUCAGAGAACCAACCCUUCCUUGGAAGCCUAGCAAUCCGCCAUUUGCUCCUGGUACAACAGCACCCGGCUCACUUAUCCAGAGUACAUAUCAAGUACCUAACAACCCGAGUAAUUUUGAGGCAGUAGUCAUUGAGGUUAAAGAUCUCAACCACUAUACGCGCAACAAUGGAGUUGCUGCUCAAACGUGGACUAAAGAUGAGACGAUUACAACAGUUUAG